GGUCUGAGUGAGCUGGGAAUUUCCCAGGAAUGGGGGAAUAUAGCCAAGAGCCUCUUCAGAAUCCUCUGUUCUGGUGAGAGAAUUCUUUGGGAGUGUUUGGAAAAGGUAGACAAAAGACAAUAAAAUCUCUAUGGAUUUUACCUGAAAUGGGAAACAGAACAAUCAGGGUGUGAGGAUUGUUUGAAGCACAAUCUCAGUGCUGUAUAGCAAAACUGCAGGAAAAGAAAGAAGCAGAGAAGGAUAGAAAUGUUUGUCCAGACUGGGAAAUUAUUACACUUGUUUUUGCUGUGUUCCUGUCUCAGCAGGAUGAGCUGGGAUUCAGCAUGGGACCAGAAAAUGGAACAGCAGUUACUGAGUUCAUCCUAGAGGGGUUCCCAGAGCUUGAUCCAAGACUGCAGCUAUUUUUCUCUGGGGUCCUUCUUCUCAUGUACGUGACAACAGUGAUGGGGAAUGCAACCAUCAUUUUCCUUGUGUGUGUGCAUCACCACCUGCAAACCCCCAUGUACUUUUUCAUCAGCAACCUGGCCUUCCUGGAGAUCUGCUUUACAUCCUCCACAAGCAUCAAACUGUUUGUGAUGCUGAGUUGUGGCCAGAACAGUCUCUCACUAAGCAGCUGCUUUGCCCAGAACUAUUUCUAUUUUGCUCUGGGCUGCACAGAGUUUGUCCUGCUGGUUGUCAUGGCCUUUGACCGCUAUGUUGCCAUCUGCCACCCUUUGCUCUACGCUGCCAUCAUGAAGCCUCAGCUCUGUGUCCGCCUGGUUGUUGCUGCUUGGGUCCUGGGCUUUGCCCUGCUGAGCUACCGGCUGCUCUUCCUCUCUGAGCUGUCUUUCUGUGGCUCCAAGAUCCUCCAUUUCCUUUGUGACAACUCCCCCUUGUUCAGACUGUCCUGCUCUGACACCAGCCUGCUUUGGAAAACAGACUCUGUCUUCAUAUCGUGUGUUGUGCUGGGUUCCUUAUGUCUGACUCUGACAUUUUACAUUUGCAUCCUUUCCUGUGUUCUGCAUCUUCCAGCAGCCUCUGGGAGGAGGAAAGCUUUGACUACGUGUUCUUCCCAUCUCAUCACCUUAUCCAUUGCCUAUGGGAGCUGCAUUGCUCUCUACACGUGUCCUGCAGAAGAUGUUUCCUUGAGGACCAACAGAAUUGUAGCUCUGCUGAACACAGUCCUGUACCCAUUCCUAAAUCCAUUCAUCUACAGCCUUCGGAACAAAUCUGUGAUCCUGGCCCUGAACAAAUCCAUUGCCAGGGCAAGAACAAAGCUUUUCCCCUAACCAUGGUGCAUAUCUGGAAAGCCAUCCCAAGAAUCUGGGAUCAUGUGUUACCCAAUACCAGUGCCUGUGUGUGCAGCCUCCAAACACGGCUGCCUCAGGAGAUGGAUGCUCCUGCAGGGCUGUGUCAGGUUAAGAGGUAAGAGACUCAUCUGCACACCCAGGCAGGGCAGCAACAAUGGCAGGAGGAGAAACUCAGUUCAUUCUCUGCCCUGGCUGCUCCCGGGCCCAUCUCUGGAGAGCCACCAGCUCAUUAAGAGCCCAUCUCCAAAAGAGAGAAGAGCUCAGAGGAACAGUGCAAGUGACAAUCCAAAUUACAGCUCCUGAGCAAUGGACCCCCUGUCCCAGCUCCUUUCCUGGGACAGCCACCAGCCCUGGUGCCCAGUUUGAAACCCCAAAGUCACUGAGAGCAGGUCACCAUUUGGACUAAGGAGAUUGCUGCCCUGGUGUGUAGGACACAUUACGGGAUGGAGGGGAAGAGCAGUUUUGGAUAGCACAGGACUUGUGGGAAGGAGGCCUGGCCUGCUCAGAGAAGCUGUGCCUUGAGGGCUGAGCCAGUGUGGACAACCUUGCUGCACAUUGCCCAAGCCCAUCCUGUGUGUCCUCCCUCACCUGGGACCUGCUUUGCUUGGAGAGCUGCUUGCACUCAGGAAUAAAGGGGGUUUUUAGUUUUUGAAGCAAUGUAAAUCUCCUAAUUUUCCCCACUGAAAACAGCCCCACUCCUCAAGUGUGUGCCAGCCCAAGGUGCCACCAAAACCCCUCCAGCCCUGCCCUGGGCCAGCUGUGAGGGUGGGUCAUCAUCCCAACCUGCACUGGGCCCUGCAAGGGGCUGUGCCCACUGUGAAAUACAAAGUUCAGUUUCGUGUCAGGGAAAUGAAGAAAAUCUGUGUAAUUGUAGUUGUGGAACACGGCCAUGGGACAGUUAUAAAGAUGAGUUCUAGUAAACAACCAAGGAAAUCAUUGAAUAAGGUUUUUGAACAAACUUUGCUUGCAAUUACCUAUUAUAAGUCUUAAGCUAUUCUGUAAUAAAUGUCUUUUAAUUAUAACUUUAGAAGCUUGUUUUUUAUUAAAGAAUUUUUAACUGUAAUUUUAGAAUGUAAAAAGGCUUUCUCACAGACUGGUAAAAAAACAUCCUGGAUACGGAAGAAAGAUUUCAGCUCGCUGAUUUAUGGUUCUUGAAAAAAGGAAAAUGAACAUCACUAUCAAAGACUGAUAGACCUGGAAAAUAGAAGCUGGACCCCACAUCUGGAAGCUGGACCCCACCACCUGGGAUACAUAUCCUGGAUGUACAUCCCGGAAUAUUGAAAUUUAAAAGAGACCACAAUAGGUACUGAAUAAUGAUGUUAAAAAUUGGAAAUAGGAACUGCUGAGAAGAGCUUAUGAAUAUGUAUGAAUAUAGCCAAUAAAAUCCCAGCAAGUCCAGCAAUCAGUGUGCAGACAGAAGGGAAAAUCCUUCCGCUGUACCCAGCGCUGUCUUUGCUCACACUUUACCAUGCAAAUUAAUUAAUUAUUAAAUUGAAUUGCUGCUAGAUAUAUUGACUGUGUCAAGCAUCUCAUUUCUAACACCUUGCAGGCUGACUCUGUUUGGACAAUCUGUUCCUCACCCCCAGCAUCACCAUGUCUGACAUGGCCUACCUCGGACUGAACUCCC